AUGGCUUCCGCUGCUGGGCCAGCGUUGACCCGUAUGGGAAACAUUCGCGUUGUCUAUGUUACUGCUCCUUCGAAAGAAGUAGCCCUCAAAAUUGCCAAGGUAGCUGUGGAGCGUAAAGUAGCAGCCUGUGUGAACAUCAUUCCUGGAGUGACAUCUGUCUAUGAGUGGCAAGGACAGCUGCACGAAGACUCAGAAGUGGUGAUGAUUAUGAAAACACGUGAUACUCUUGUAGAAGAUCUUCACAAGGUCGUCAUCGAAAACCACACUUACGAUGUGCCAGCGUUUGUCUCACUUGCUACGGAUGCGGAAUCGUUCCCUUACGCUCAGUGGCUUCUUGAACAGACCAAUUUCACUAAAUCGGGUACUUCCAUUGGAAAAGAUUCCGAAGGCAUCUGA